GGUGAGAGAGAGAUCGGGGAGAGCCUGGUGUGGAGGAGGGAGAAGCACAUCGUCUCGGAUUUGGUCCCCUCUCAGAGGAAGAAGCCUAGCCAUACCCACUGCGAGCAUCAGAACCGGGAUGAACAUUGAGGUUGGGAACGUGUCUUACACGGGAGCCAUCGUCUCCUGGUCGACCUCGGAGCCCUGCUUGGAGGACUAUUACCAUAUUAUGUACAGGCCUAACUGGAACAGUAUCUUCUCCAGCUAUCUGCGCUACAGCUUCCAUCACGAGGAGAAGGUACCUCGAACCAUCACCUCCGUGGCACUGGAACACCUCGCCCCUUCCACUCUCUACUUCCUCUGUAUCAGCUGCAAGAAGGCUGCCUUCCCAUACAGUCACUACUGUACCAUGUUCCACACCCUGGAUAAGAGUCCGCUGGCUGCGGGGGGCUCCCUGGUGGACCCCCAAAUUUCCCUUUGGGUGCUGAUGGCCAUCCUACUGGCCUGCUUCACUGCGGUGUUGGCCUUUAUCUGCCUCCAGUUCUGGUGCAUCCGCUGUCAUGAGCCUCGAUGGUCUUACAGAGCUGGCCACAUGGAGGAAGCCAAUGGGUUGGUAAGAUGGCCGGAGGAGGCCCCAGCCCUGGGUCAGAGGGAAGAAGACCUGCAAGGGCUCCCCCUGGUGGAACUGCCACGCAAGAACUCUGAGAUGAGAGCAGAAGCUGACCCAGAAGCAGAAGCCAACCAGGAUGUGUUGGGUGUGGUGGUCUUAGCUAGGGAGGGCGGCAACCAACCAGCCAUACUGCCUCACUAUAGAGAGUGAGCAAUGGGGAGGAGAUGGCCCAUUUCACACAGCCUAAAAUGCUCUGUAUACUGCAUCCUAUGUGAAAAUUCGUCUAUAAGCCACCCACUGCUCUCCUCUCUAGUUUCAGUGCUGUAUAGAUGGGUGGGGUUGGAUGGAUGCCAAAUGACAACGGUCCCCAAGCUGGAAAACACAGACCCUCCAGGUAUGUCAGGGGCAAACAAGGCGUUGCUUCAGUGUCAUUCAUUUGGAGGCCUAGCUAAGCACUGCAGGCUUUGCUUCAAUAUUAAAAUCAGUUGCAGCUACAUCACAGAGAGAAAGCCCAAGGAGCCUUGCCGGACCUGAAUCUGACAAUGUACCUGAAAGAAAUGCUGAGUCAGAUAUGCAGCCUGAGCUUUGCUUUCCGACGUUCUUUUUAAAAGGAUGAAGGUCUCCUUCUACUUCUGGGCAAUCAUACACCACACCCUGCGUCUCCAGGUUCAUUGCUGUCUAAAGCCACAGACUGUAGCAUCACUAUUCACCAUUAGCAGCUGACACCUUUUAUUUAAACUGACCACAGCUUUAAAACGCAGACUUUUAGGAGGCAGCUUUGUGUUAUCCCAUAAACAAAAACCCAGGACCCUGCUGUUAUAAACAGAAGGGAACAGGUGUAAGAAUAAAUACAACAAAAUAAUAUGAAAUUUGAUGACUCAUUCUGCCUGCCAAUGCUUCUGGCUUUAAGAGCAUAUC